GCACCUCACUGUUACCAGGAGCUCUGUGCUGCUGUGUGAGAGCUCUCCUUCCCUCUUCCAUGCAUUCUCACAGGCCCUUGCCGCUUCCAGCAUCGGAAAGAAACUUUCCCAGUGAAGACCUUGAGUUCUGAGGAUAUUGAAAGAGAGGAAGUUUGGAGAUCAACCAUGAAUUGCAAGGUUGAGGAGAAGAGAAAGCAGCGCCAUAGCUUGACUUUAUUGGAGCAAGUAAAGAGAAUGAAAGAAUCAACACAGAUAACCGAUGUGGUGCUGAUUGCAGAAGGUGAGAAAUUCCCCUGCCAUAAGGUGGUGCUGGCGGCCUUCAGUGCCUACUUCAAAGCCAUGUUCACGUGUGGCUUGGCAGAGUGCACGCAGAGGGAAGUGGUGCUGCACAACAUCUCUGCCAAGGGCAUGGCGGUGAUCCUGCACUACAUGUACAGCGCGGACCUGUGCCUCACCAGCCUCAACGUGCAGACAGUUGCCCUGGCUGCCUACUUCAUGCAGAUGGACGAGGUUUGCAAUAUGUGUCAGAAAUACGUGAUGGAACACAUGGAUGCUUCCAACUGUGUGGGCAUCUACUACUUUGCAAAUCACAUUGGGGCAGAAGAUUUAUGUGACCAAGCGAGGAAAUACAUGUAUCAGCAUUUUGCUGAGGUGAGCUUGCAGGAAGAAAUACUAGAGAUUGAAUUCCAGCAGCUGAUGACUAUCAUCAAAUCAGAUGAUCUGAAUAUUUCCAGGGAGGAGAGCAUUCUGGACCUUGUCAUUAGAUGGGUCAAGCACAGCAGAGAGUCACGUUCAGAACACCUUGUUGAGCUCCUCAAGCAAGUGAGACUGGUACUUGUCAGCCCCUCUUUUCUUGUGGAAGCCCGGAAAAGGAACACAAUAAUUCUGUGCAAUUCAGAAUGCAAUGAUAUGUUUGAGGAAGCACUGAAAACCAUCCAACUGUCCAGCCACCCUUCCCUCAGCCUGCGAUACGGCAUGGAGACGACGGAUCUCCUGCUUUGCAUCGGCAACAGCUCCCUUGGCAUCAGGUCCAGGCAUGGCAGCUAUGCAGAUGCCAGCUUUUGUUAUGCUCCUGCAACACAAAAGACUUACUUCAUUUCCUCCCCAAAGUAUGGAGAGGGCUUAGGAUAUGUUUGCACUGGUGUUGUCACUGAGAAAAAUGAUAUCAUUGUGGCAGGUGAACCAAGCGCCAUCAAAAUGUCUAGACAGAGGACUAGGAGCAUUGAAAUUUAUAGAUACCACCAGCAAGGAAACCGCUUCUGGCACAGUCUGUGCAGCACUCAGCUCCGUGAACUCUAUGCACUGGGCACUGCUCACAACGACCUCUAUGUAAUAGGAGGGCAAAUGAAAGUGAAAAAUCAGUAUCUGGUCACAAACUGUGUGGAGAAGUAUUCCAUGAAGCAAGGCACCUGGAGAAGCACGGCGCCUCUGCCAGUACCAUUGGCCUGCCACAUGGUGGUGACAGUGAAGGACAAGCUGUACGUGCUGGGCGGAUGGACACCACAGAUGGAUCUGCCUGACGAGGAGCCGGAUCGAUUAAGUAACAGAACAUUUCAGUACGACCCGGGCCAAGACAAAUGGAUGGAAAGAGCUCCAAUGAAGUUCUCCAAGUAUCGCUUCAGCACAGCUGUAGUCAAUGGGGAGAUUUAUGUCUUGGGAGGAAUUGGGUGCCUUGGUUAUGACAGAGGACAGACACGGAAAUGUCUUGAUGCAGUGGAGAUUUAUAACCCUGAUGGAGACUUUUGGAGGGAUGGACCCCCUAUGCCUUCUCCCCUCCUCUCCUUACGAACAAACUCUACCAGCGCAGGCUCCGUGGAAGGGAAGCUGUACCUCUGUGGAGGAUUUCAUGGAGCAGCUCGCCAUGAAGUUAUCACCAAAGAGAUCCUUGAGCUGGAUACGUGGGAGAACCAGUGGAAUGUGGUGGCCACCAAUGUCCUCAUGCCUGACAGUUACGAUGUUUGCCUUGUUGCUCGGCUGAACCCGCGGGAUCUUAUCCCUCCUCCUCCAGAUUUAGUAAACCAGUAGAAGUUCAGUGACUCUCAGUGCUUCCAGAUUCUGCAGAGACUGAAGAAUUUGGGGAGACAAAUGCUGCAUUGGCUCUGCAUCACAUCUGAAUCCCAUAGAGAGGAAAGGGCAACAUGCUUAAGGAUGUAAUUCCCUUUGAGCUGUGCUUCUCUGACGAUGCUUGAUUUGAUAGUACUGGUGCUCUGGACUUCUGUGGUUGAAAGCCAAGGUUGUCCAGCCUUUGUGUAUGGCUCUUCAUCUUCAAUCUGGCUGUGCAAGCUCCAGUGUUGAGUGAAGCCUGGGCUGCUUGGGACCCUUUGCCUCACAGGCACAGUGGCAGCCCAGGACUCAGCUCACAGCAGAUGUAUGAGAGAAAGCUCUAGCCAGGGAAAUUCCUCAUUUGCUGUUCAUCCCACUUGGAUCUACUAAGCUACCCAGGAAGCCAAGAAAUAGAUUAAGUCAGCUGAUGAAAAACAAGUGCCAGACUGUAACUGACUGAUGCAAAGGUAAAACAUAGAAAAGCCUUUGUUUGAAAUGAAAUCCCAUUAGCCAAGGUCCAUUAGCCAAGAACACCAGCUCCUGCAAACAUCAUCUAAAGCACAGACAUAACAGUCAAGACAUCUUGUCUGUCUUUGCUAAUAGACCUGAACCUGUGCUAGUAGAAAACUAAUCCUUUGGCAGCAAGUCACAAAUGAGUCUUUCAUUAGGGCUGGUAGGCAGUCUCUACCAAAGACAAGAAAAAUCUUAAAUUUUCACCUAAAUCCUAUUUAUUACAAAGUCUGGUAUGACUGGGUUCUUAAAGCUCAGGAAACUUCCUUUGAGAGAUGAAUAAAAAGAUGCAAACUAAAAAGUAAUAAAUGAGACGAGUAUUAUCUGCAUAUCAGUAUUGCAACUAGAGGGAAAGGAGAGAUGUGCUAACAAUAAAUGCUUAUAUAACAGAAAUAGCUUUAAUGGAAUAGCAUAAGGCUAAUUCUCUACCAACAGAAUUUGCUAUAAUCAAAGGGAAGAGCAACGAUUCAAACAGUGCUUCUGAAGGCAGUGUUAGCCUUUAUAGGGCUUGAAGACAGUAGGUUAGAGUGAAAAUUGUUACCAAUACUGCUAUCCCAUUUGAAUUACCAAUAACUCAUCAGUUCUCUGGUGCCUACCUUGCAGUGUAUCUGUCACUGCCUGGGCAGUACAGACAAGAGAACUGGAAAUCUCACUGUGCUCUUGGGCCCUGGUUGUAAAUGCCAGCAUGCUGCAAUGCAGACUGAAUGCCAGAGGCAAGCAUAAGACUAAACUAUGAUAUUGUAUGAGAAUAAUCAUUGUCAGCAAGAAGUGGCUUUUGAUAACUACAAAAGCAGCAACAAGAGUGGAACAAAAAAACCAAAAAAACAAAACAAAACAAAACAAACAAAAAAAACCCCAACAAAAGCAAAACAAAACAAAAAAACCCCCAAACAACAACAACAACAAAAACAACAAAAAAGUAGUUUACCCAUAGUUACUUCCAGGAUUUGUAUUUACUUCCAGGAUUUGUAUUUUGGAGCAUCUCAAUUUUCUCUUUCAAGCAUGUUUUAGGCUGCAAAAAUGCCAGCUUUUUUUGUUGCUUUUUUCACUGCAGUGCUUAUGGCAGAGAGAGAUGGAGAGGAUGAUCCAAAAGCCCUUGCCCAAUUCUGACUUUUGUUAUUCAUUGAUUGUUCUAUAAAUAUCCAGUGGGACUAUUUAGCUGUCAUGUAAAAACUGUUAGAAGGAACAUCCUUAAGUUUUCCUGGUAACUCCUGGUAACUGAGGAAUGCUAACACAAGAAGGGAUUUGGGGAAAAGAAACUGAGGAAAACACAUAGAAGAAGAGUAAAUCCAUGAUCCUUACUAAUUACAAGCUAAUUGCUUGUCUCUCUUUACAUUUCCCAAGCAGAAUCUGUGUCACAGUCUAAACAUGUACUCUUGUGUUUGUAUACUUUCGAUAUUAUUCAGCCAUCCUUUUUUCUUUCCAUUGCUCAUAUGUAGGUUGUCAUCUCCCUAGAGCAGAGUUGUGACAACCAUGAAUUUCAGCAGUAGAAAUCAGUGACCCGUUCCUGAAAUUUCAAACCCCUCAUCAAGUGCAGUUGUAGGUGUAAGAUCAAGGAGGCAAAUUCUGCUUUAAUAAGGUUUUAAACAAAAUUAGUAGAAAGUUCUUCCAAUCAAUAACCAUCCAAUAUUGGAAACUCUUUGACUUUUGUUACUGUGAAAUAAAGAUGAUUUUGUCUUAAUUUCUCUACAAGGUUCUUAGGGCAACUGGAAGCAAUGCUCUUCUCUGGAGCAUCCAUUAAGAAUUUCCAUGUGAAACUCAAAUUUCUGCAACUGUACCUACUGAUUUUGCUUUUUCCAUAUAUAUAUAUAUAUAUAUAUAUAUAUAUAAGCAAGAUUGUUUUAAGGGGAUUUUUUUUUUGAUCUUUGAUCUCUGCUCUGUGGUCUGUUCCUUACAGUUCUUGCGGUUUAAAGCCUGAACCUAAAGCUAAUCUACUGGAUUUCACUCUCUGAAAGACAGUCUAUUCCAAAUAUUUCAAGGGGAGAAGGGAGAUAUUUGCAACCUUUCAUUAGUAAUAUUUGACUAUGUAUGUGAAACUCAGCUUGCACUCUUCAAUUAAACUUUUAUUUUAGUAGUGAA